CACACACCAACACCUGUGAUGAAGAUGCUCCUCAGCUUUGUGCUCCUCUCCCUCCUCUUCCCUUCAGCUUUGGCACUGAGUUGCUACGUGUGCACUAAUGCUACCACCAACGACCAAUGCAACCAGAACACUCAGGAGUGUCAGGCACCGCUGGACACGUGCAUGACGUCCGUCGACACUUUAGGUCAAGCCAAAGCCAUAGUGAAGCAGUGUGCCAGCUCGGCCACGUGCACCGGAGCUGCGGCGUCCUCCUCCGUCGAUGAAAACGGAAACGGAAACUCCGUCAACUGCUGCAACAGUUUCAACUUGUGUAACUUUAGCGGCGCCGAGUCCGUCCGUGUGCACACGAGCCUUCUGCUGCUCACUGCAGUUGUGUUACGACUGGUGUCACUGUGACGUGCCAACUCUGUAGAGAGGCGGAGGAUGCUCUAAGUUACCCUGCUGCUCUGUAUAGGACAUUACUGGGAUAAAUGUCUCUGAACAGAAUGUACCUAUACAAGCUGUAAUAUGAUGUAAUAUUAUGUUAUUUAAAAACUGUUUAUCUUUCUAAUUCUAUUGAAGACUGUGCUGUAAACACACACAGCUCCUAUUAAUACACCUGUAUAUACAUGAUUGACAUAUUAAUCUGUUCAACCCUCUUAAUAUACAGUCUACAGUGGCUGUACCGCACAUCAUGAGAAGGCUAAAUGUAUUGUAUGGGUCUUGUGUACGUGUGUGGCAAAUUUGGACCCAUACUCUAAAGCCAACAGGAGAUCUGCCAUUUUGAAUUUAUUGAUCAAUAUUUUGGUGAAAACUGUACGAAUCUUUCAAAUUCUGAUGAGAUUUUUGACCUGAACUAAGCCUCGAGUUUGGGAUAUGUCCGGCGGCAUAUUCAUAAACAUUUUGCAGCAAAUAUAGACGCCCUCUUCUGGUCAUUAAAGAUAUUACAGGUUUCAGGCUCUCAGAUGACACAAUCCUGGCCCCAUGCAGUCUCAUGAAGUCAAAGUUAUUUUUUAAAUAUUAUAGUAGUACUUAAAUAAAUUGUCAUUUUAUAAUCAGGGAUUGUUUUCCCUCCUUUUUUUAAAGAAUCAAAAUGGACUACAACAUGGAGCCUCCCUUCACACACCAACAUUAACCAACUAAGUCCGUUUCUAGAAAUAAAGAAUCUGAAAGGAUUGAAGAAUAAUAAAUCUAUCUUUGAUAAGAA